UAAAAGUAUAGAGACAAUAAUUUCAAACUGCACGCUCAAUGGACCCACUGCUCGCGGAAGCCUUGCGCAAGGGGAAUGUGGUGGUGUUCUUCGACAUAGCACUUGGCGGCGCGCCGCUUGGACGCCUUCGCAUGGAGCUUUUUAAGAACGAUUGUCCGAAGACGGUGGAGAACUUCCGGCAAUUCUGCACUGGCGAGUACCGCAAGAGCGAACUCCCCGUGGGGUACAAAGGGAGCACAUUCCAUCGCAUCAUCCAGGACUUUAUGGUGCAAGGCGGGGACUUCUUGAAGGGCGAUGGGACGGGUCGCAUGAGCAUUUACGGAGACAAGUUCGCCGACGAAAAUUUUCGCCACAAACACACGGAAGCCGGUCUUCUGUCCAUGGCAAAUAGCGGUCCGGGGACAAACGGUUGCCAGUUCUUCAUCACAUGUGGAGCUUGCGACUGGCUGGACGGCAAGCACGUCGUAUUUGGCAAGCUCCUGGACAGUGCAUCGCUCCUUGUGAUGCGAAAGAUCGAAAGCGUCCCCACUGGUCCCAACAACAAGCCCCGAACGCCCAUCAUCAUCACUGAGUGCGGCGAAUUGUAGUGCGCAUGUCGUCGUAAUGAAGUACUUCGAAUGCCCUUGGUACACGAUUUCGUGAACGACCCAUGUUAAAGAACCGGUGAUGAAGAGAUACACUCCAGCUACAUCCUACUUGUACAUAUUCGCCCCAUGGAGCUCACAUGAUGGUCGUGUGUCAUGCUGCCUUGUGCAGCA